GCACUGUAGUUCUGUGCCCGUGGAUGGCUUAGUCCCAGCUCUCACUUCUCGAAUCCCUGCGUCCAUCGUGGCCUUAGGAUGCCUGCAGGAUCUGUGAGUCAGUGAGUCACGGCAGGAACGAGCACCACUCAAGAGCCCCUCACAUCCUGGCUGUCCUUGGGGCUGUUUCCUCAGCUGCGCCCAUGUCCUCAGUCAGGUCUGGACUGUAUGUGUGCAGCGCGAGGGAUUCUUGCUUCAUUUCCACCCGCUUGGUCAUCCUGCUGGCCCUGGCCUCUCUGUGUGAUGGGUGGCCGAGGCUGCCUGCCUGCUUGUCCUGGGUCUGCUGCUAGAUGGGGCGAGCAGUGAUUCAGAGAAACACUCGAUCAUCUCCCUCGGGACUCCUGGCUGAGAUGCUCGUUUGGCAUUUUGGAUCCGUGCUGCAGCUUGGUUUCCUGAGCCAGCCGGGAUUCCAGGAGCUGCGCAGUUUAAACUCUUGCUGCUGUUUCCAUGGCAGCCAAAGCUUCGUUCUGACUCCAGUGGCUCAAAUCAGCAAAUCAGUGCUAGGAACAUUUAGAAAGAAAGGGAGAGAAGAACCCCUCACUGCUUUUUAAUUAGAAAACCUACUCGGCUGAUUGGGCAAAUCAAGGAGGCUGUAAAGAACUGUGAGCCUCGAGCCACUCGAUGGGGAUUCACAGAGGACUGCCAGUGUGUGUCGCCUUCCCACCUCUCUGUGGCAGGAGAAGUGACCGCAGCGCCUCCUCAGCAAUGACGAUGACACUGGUAUUAACUGAGUGGCACUUAUGGAUUUUUAGCCCUCGCUCGCAGUGAGCCAGCGAGCCAUGUGCCGCUGUGAGGGAGAGCCCUGUGCCUGCAGAGUGGGGUGUGAGCGCGGCCUGCCUGCAGAGCGCACCUGAGCCCCGGGAGGCGUCUCCCUCUGCCCGCAGAGCUGCGUCUCGUCCAUGUAGGUGGAGCACACACUGACGCUUCAUCUGGUGGUGAUGAAAAUGGCCCCGCAGAAUGCCGACUCUGAGUCCAUGCAAGUCCAAGAGCUGCCCGUGCCCCUGCCAGACCUGCAGAAGCCUGGAGACCCCGAGGCUGAGAACCACGAGGAGACCCUCAGCGAGGGGUCCAUAGACAGGAUCCCCCUGCGCCUGUGGGUGAUGCAUGGGGCGGUGAUGUUUGGCAGGGAGUUCUGUUAUGCCAUGGAAACGGCGCUGGUCACGCCUGUCCUAUUGCAGAUUGGGCUCCCGGAGCAGUACUACAGUCUCACCUGGUUCCUGAGCCCCGUCCUCGGCCUGCUCUUCACGCCGCUCAUCGGCUCUGCCAGUGACCGAUGCACCCUGAGCUGGGGCCGCCGCCGGCCCUUCAUCCUGGCACUCUGCGUGGGCGUCCUCGUGGGCGUGGCGCUGUUCCUCAACGGCUCUGCCAUAGGUCUGGCCCUUGGUGAUGUCCCCACCCGGCAGCCCAUUGGCAUCGUUCUCACGGUGCUGGGAGUGGUGGUCCUGGAUUUCAGUGCUGAUGCGACUGAAGGGCCCAUCCGCGCCUACCUGCUGGAUGUGGUGGACAGCGAGGAACAGGACAUGGCCCUCAACAUCCAUGCCUUCUCUGCUGGCCUCGGCGGGGCCAUUGGCUAUGUGCUGGGCGGGCUGGACUGGACGCAGACCUUCCUGGGCAGCUGGUUCCGGACACAGAACCAGGUGCUUUUCUUCUUCGCUGCCAUCGUCUUCACGGUGUCAGUGGCCCUGCAUGUCUUCAGUAUCGAGGAGGAGCAGUACUGCCCACAGCAGGACCGCAGCUCGGAGGAGGCCGCCCUGGCCCCCACCCCUGGCCUUGCACAAGAUGGCAGCCCCCUGUUCCCAGACGAGGUGCAGUCGGAGCACGAGCUCCCCCUGGACUACCUGGACGUGGACCUGGUGCGCAGUAAGAGUGACUCUGUGCUGCACGUGCCGGAUGCUGCGCUGGACGUGGAGCCUGAGCUGCUCUUCCUGCACGACAUCGAGCCCUCCAUCUUCCAUGACACCUCCUGCCCCAACACCCCCCGGAGCACCAGCCAGGAGCUACUGAAGGCCACACUGCCCCGCCUGUCCACGCUCCUCAGGGAAAUGGCCAAGGAGGACGAGACCUUGCUUGAUAAUCACUUGAAUGAAGCUAAAGUCCCAAACGGAAGUGGCUCUCCGCCCAGGGACCCCCUUGGCUACGUGAGGGUGGGCAUGAAGCCCUCGGCCACAUCUGGCUCCAUGCGGCGGCGGCGGCAUGCAUUCCGCAGGCAGGCCUCCAGCACCUUCUCCUACUACGGCAAGGUCGGGUCCCACUGCUACCGCUACCGGCGGGCCAACGCCGUGGUGCUCAUCAAGCCCUCCCGCAGCAUGAGCGACCUGUACGACCUGCAGCAGAGGCAGCGGCAGCGCUGUCGGCACCGGAACCAGAGCGGGGCCACCACCUCCAGCGGGGACACAGAGAGCGAGGAGGGCGAGAGCGAGACCACCGUGCGCCUGCUAUGGCUGUCCAUGCUCAAGAUGCCCAAGGAGCUGAAGCGGCUGUGCCUCUGCCACCUGCUCACCUGGUUCUCUGUCAUCGCUGAAGCUGUCUUCUACACCGACUUCAUGGGCCAGGUCAUCUUCAAAGGGGACCCCAAGGACGCCUCCAACUCAACUGCCUGGCACGCCUACAACGCUGGGGUGAAGAUGGGCUGCUGGGGCUUGGUCAUUUACGCUGCUACCGGUGCUAUUUGCUCAGCCUUGCUACAGAAGUACCUGGACAACUACGACCUGAGCAUCAAGGUCAUCUACGUGCUGGGGACACUGGGCUUCUCUGCAGGCACAGCUGUGAUGGCCAUGUUCCCCAAUGUCUAUGUGGCCAUGGUCACCAUCAGCACCAUGGGCAUUGUCUCCAUGAGCAUCUCCUAUUGCCCCUAUGCCCUGCUGGGACACUACCAUGAAGUCAAGGAGUACGUUCACCACAGUCCUGGGAACUCGAAGCGUGGGUUUGGCAUCGACUGCGCCAUCCUUUCCUGCCAGGUCUACAUCUCCCAGAUCCUGGUGGCGUCCGCCCUCGGGGGUGUGGUUGAUGCCGUGGGAACUGUGCGUGUCAUCCCAAUGGUGGCCUCUGUGGGCUCUUUCCUGGGCUUCCUGACGGCCACGUUCCUGGUGAUCUAUCCUGAGGUGUCAGAGGAGGCCAAGGAUGAGCAGAAAGUUCUGUCCUCCCAGCCUGCCCUGGAAGGUGAAGGCCGCGGGGGCAGUGAGAAGCCCACUGUCCUGAAGCUGUCGCGGAAGGAGGGCCUGCAGGGGCUGGUGGAGACCGAGUCUAUGGUCUGAGCACUCCAUUGGCAUAUUCCGUGCGGGAGACCGUGGGCAGGGGCUGCUGGGCCCUGUCCUCACUGGGGCUUCCAGGCCAGCGCACGCAGAGGUCCUUCUCAGAACAGUCGAAAUUCCGUAGUUGUAGGGUAGGUUUGAGCUCUUUAGGCAAAGAUAUCACACUAAUUACUUUUUCCACAAUUAAAAAAAAAAAAUCAUUUGAAAUCUUUUUUUUUAAUUGAAAAAGAUCUUUUAAUUUCAGCUCUUUUAUUCUGCAGGUAUAUUAUUCUGCAUGUUUUUAAAUUGUAAAACAAUAUAGCCAAUAAGCAAUUUAGAAGAAAAGAUAUUGCAUUUCUAAAAUUAUAAUUGAAAAUGCAGAAACUCUGACGUCCUUGACAUAUCUUGUCAUACUAUGUCAGAAAAAUCACAGUGCAGCUGGUGACGGGGACGUACACCAGACGUCCCUCACUGGCGCUCAGCUGUGGAUGUCCAUCGGGUCUUGUCACAUUUUGUUGGUGCUCCAGCUGUUGGAGAGUAUUUUUCUUUAUGAUCAUUUUUAAAAGUUUAUUUUUCUCCUUCACAACUGUGGUUUUCUUAGAAGAACAGCGUCUCAUCUCGUCCUCAGAGAGUCUGACGAAUCGUGCCUGGGGUGAGCCUGGGCUGGGACAACCGCCUGCUCUGGCAGCCACACACCCGAGCUGGGAGGCCCAGUGGUGGCUGCUGGCAGAGCGGCCAUGUCAGAUCAGCUGGCACCUGUGUGUGUCUGCGUCCAGACCCCGGCACCCUCCCAGGCCCGCCGCCUGCAGGCUGCUCCCAUCGUCAGUCCCAGGGCCCUCUGUCCCCUCUGCCAUGUGCUGGGAGCCCUGGCCAGACUACCUCGCGUGUGUGGGUGGUGGCCUUGGCCCACCUGCUGUCGGACUCCCUGCUGGAGCUCAUCUGAACUCUCGUGGCUUCUUUGCUGCUCACCCGCUCGUCACGGUACGCUCGUCACAGGACGUGGAACCGGUGCAGAGAGAAACAAGUGUCUCUUCCUGGGUCAGCGAGUGUCUUUCUCAAGGCCCCCGGCUCAGCGUGGUAUUCCUGGUUUCAGCGAAUCAGCAAAACUCAGGCUGUGGGGAAGAACAGUCACCAAAUGCUGCGGUGGUUGGAGUGUUUUCAACCACAAUCUCUAUGAAAAACUCAGCCGUGUCCACUUGUUUGAAACGGUCGGUCUGAGCUCACUGAGGUCAGGAGGAGGAGGGCAGCCCCGCAGUCACCCAGACGGAGCCAGACCUUGUAAUGCUCGUGUUGCCACGAGUUGUUUUUUAAAUAAAGUACUUUAAAAUGCA